UACGUUCCCCCUCCACCCCGUCUCUGCGCUGGCAACAGGUGGGGCCUAUGGGCGGGCCCUCGGGCCCGCCCCGCCCUGCCGGAGGGAGACUCGCCGCGGCAGAGAUUUGGGGCAGGCGGGGUGAAGGCUGCUCUCAGACAGCUGCUGCCGGUGCGUGGGGAGCUGUCUGCCCCCGGUGGAGCGCGGAGAGGCGGCCCCCAGCCUGUGUCUUCCUUGGGCUUGUCUUCAUUGGGGGCUUCCAGAGAAAUCUUUCACUGUUGCCUAGAAAAGAUGAGUAAAACUGGGAAACUAGAAACUAUACUAGCAGAAAUUUUAUCUUCUGUAUUCACAGCUGAUAAAAGAGACAGUGCGAUUCUGAUUUGUCCAAUUUUAUUGUGCUGACAAAGCAACAGGGAAAGAAUGCCAAGUUCCAAAAGUAACUUGAUGUUGUCAGGUGACAUUUCAGAUUUCAGGAAAAUGGCAAUUUCAAAUGAGAGAGAGCCUGUUGAAAAGAGUACAGCAAGUCUGAUUGAGAACAAUGGCUAUCAAGACUCUGUAUACAUAAAUGCAGCUAAAAUUUUUCAAGGCAUUCGUAAUGAAAAGCCUCAGGAUAAAAUAUUGGUAAGGUAUGGUAAUGAACUAGUGCCAUCCCUACCAGAUUUUAAAGAUGAAUGUUCCCAGCGCUCAUCCUAUGAAUUGGCGUUUAGUGCUCUGAAAUAUCAAGAUCUACUUGAAAAUAUAUUGUUAGAUAGCUGUUUUUACCCAUGUCAGUCAAUACCAGAUGAAUUGACCAGUUUAAUUGUUGUAAUGUUGUAUGACCUCCAAGAUCGAAAGUUUCAAGCCCGACAGAUUUCUGAUGAAGAGGAAUCAAUACCAGAAGUCAGAGAUGUAGAACAUUAUCUAUACAGUUUUAAGACCAAAUUGGCUGCGGCUCUAGCAAGAUGUCGAAUCAAACAUGAUGCUCUUUCAAUUGAAUAUAUUCUACCAGAAACUCUACGGAAACAGGAACAAAGAGCUUCCGCUUUACCGUUGUAUGCUUGGAUAAAUACAUUAAAAAGCAGCUUCAGGGCAGAGAACGUGUCUUACUCUGAACAUGAUUCUGCACCUUGUAUUCAACCCGAGUACAUCCUUGAAGACAUUUACAAAGAAUUGAAAAAAGAGGGAUUCACAAAAGUUGAAUCUGUGUCAGAUUUUGAAGGUUAUACUUAUUGUCUGGACAAGCACUGCCAUGAUGUACUGGUUUUUCCUGCCUCUCUCAAAGAAGAAAUCCUUAAUUUGGAACUUUUCACAGGUUACAAACUCAUCUUACAGGAUAAGUCUCGCAGCCUUGCUGUACAUUCUGUGAAGGCCUUAUUGAACAUGGAUGAUGACAUCAUAGUAGCUCAUAUAGGUUCACGGCUGACUGCUGCCCACAUGUCAGUGUUGUCAAAUCAGAGCACAUCCAAAGUUUUUGUAUGUGGUGUAAAAUCGCAGGCAAAGGAAGUUGAACUGAAGGAGCUAUUCACACGCAUGGAAUGUGGAAAUAUUGAGCUACUACAUGAGGAUUUUACUGAGAUUGAACCAACAGAUCAAAGACUGCAAAAGGCUAAAGUUAUUCUGCUGCUACCUCGGUGCUCAGGAUUGGGUGUUAGUAAUCCAAUAGAAUUUAUUCUAAAUGAACAUGAAGAUGCAGGAUUGCUGAGAGACCUUUCUCAAGGAUCUGUAGCUGAAAAUAAACUCCAUAUUCUUGCUGAGACGCAACUUCAGGAGUUAAUGCAUGCAAUGCGAUUUAAUAAAGUGCAAGCCAUUGUCUACUGCACUUGUUCAGUUUAUCCAGAAGAAAAUGAAACAGUAGUGAACAAAGCACUGGAAUCUGGAGUGGAAGGAAGUAAAGUACAGCCAUAUAGGCUUAGUCCUCCUCUGUGGUGCAACUCAGAAAUAGAGGACCCUUCUGAUAUUUUUUUCAAAAUGGAACCCUCAGAGAUUUCCAAUUGCUGUUUUUUAGCUGUUCUAGCAAGACAGAGGGAUCCAGCUGAAGUAAUGUCUGUAAAAGACAUUUUGGCUCGUGCUGCAGCAAAGGGUCUACUAGAAGGUCUUGAUAUAGGGAAAUCAUCAAAGAGAGAAGAGAAGAGGAAGAAAAAAUCAAAAGUAACACAGCAAAGAAAUGUUCCUAAAGAUACUGGAGUACAAACAAACAUUGUGGAGUUCCUCAACCGAGAAAUGAUAGCUAUUAAUACUAAUUCUGAAGUUUCACCAAUUAAAGCAAUUAGUGGUGUUCCACAAAAAAAUGUGAACCAAACAAACAGUUCCACUCAAUUGAAGAAAAUUACCAAACCCAUCUCAAACUCAUCCCUGCCAGGAAUGCUGAAGAACACACCCAAUCUGUCAUCUAUGAGUAAGGUGUUUGAGAGACGGACACACAUUAGAAAGCCACGGGCAGAAGAUAAAAUGGUUGUAUUGAAACCUGUGGAGAUAGUUCUGCCUCCAGUAAUGGUGCCAUACUUCAAUCCACAAGGGAACAAAUCUCAAAUUUCAGCUCAACAUUACUACUAUCGCUGGAUUGGAAUAAAGAGCUCAGCACGUGACUUAUUUAUACCUUCUUUAUCCAAAAGAUUGGUCAACCCAAAAGAAACUUUACCUUCAACUAUGGUUAAGCAUCCUCGACCAUGGAUUUGAAAGUCGAUUUUUGUAACUGGUUCAUAGUUAUUUCUUCAAAGUUUGAAAUUAUAUUUCUAUAAUGCCAGGGUAUAUCUGUGCAGGCCACUACUUACCUUUAGGGAACAUUUAUAAUUAAUACCCUUUUCAUGGCUAUUAUGGAAAUAGCAGGGAGAUAUUUUGCAAGAGAGACUAUUAUGUAGUUGUUUCAGUCCAGCUAUUCAAUUUGGAAUGUCAAAAUGCACAUAAAGUAAUAACUACAGUAGCUUAUUCAAAUCCCUAGGGGGUGAGCUCAAAAGUUGUAUAGCUAAUUGCUAAUCAGUAGAAUGUGACAUAUAGAAAGAAGGCAUGCUUCAAUAACCUUCUGUACAUAUUUGCGCAUACUUAAUUUUAAAUGUAAUCUUUGCAUGUUUUGUUCAGUGGUCUAAAAGUUCACAUAGCAACAAUGAAAUUAUGGUUGUCUGAGCUUACAAUUUUCAGCUACCAUCUUGUUGAAAAGUAUCAUUAUUUAUGACCACGGCAUAUGAGAGCGAAUCAUCAAAAGUGUUAGCCAUUUUUUCCUAAAAAUGGCUCUGGAUUAUUCACAUGCUUACAUUGUAUGUACUUGUGUUGGAAAAUUUUGUGCACAGCUGGGGAGCACACAGAUGCCUCAGUUCAGUCAGAGGUGCUUUAAUAAGCAGCAGAGGAAAUUUUGUUUAAAAAAAAAUGAAUAGAAAAUUUCAUUUUAAAACUAGACAGGUAUUUUGAUGCUAAAAUGAAUUCUGAAUUAUAAUCUCUGACACAUCACAGUGCUGCCAUGGUUUAUAAAAAUCAUAAUUGUCAGCCUAAUGGCGGCUGGUAAAAGGAAGCUCAAAUGCUGCUUUUCAUGAAACUGCUGUCUAUUAGUGGUAACAAUUCAGAAAUCGUGAAAGUACUUAUUCUGCAUCCCUACAGGUGACAAAUGUCAAGCAAAAUAGGAACACUUAAUACCAAUAUUAUUCAUCUGAAUAAUGACAGCAAGUUUUUGGUUUACAUUUAUAUGAUUUUAACAAUUUCUUUGGAAACAUCGGCGAUUGAGGGGGGAAACGAUAAACAGCAUUUCUCGUUAUAUGUAAAGAUCAGGUUGCAAGUUAAACUAUAAAUCAUUUUAAACAGUAUACAUUAACUGUCAAUCAUUUCUAUCUACGUUUAAUAUGUGGUUACAUCUUGCUAAAUAUAUUGAGAUGUCAAUCUAUUAAAAUAUUUAACUUUUAUGAAACUAGAAUUGUUUAUCACAUUCUCAGUAGUUUCAGUGUACCAACUUUUUUUUUUUAAGCAAGAUAAAAUAAGGUUCUCUUAACCAUAGGACAUCUUAACUCUGAAAUUUUAGUGGAACUUCAGAACUUCCUUCCUGUUUGAAAUGAUUAGUGCAUAUUUGUAUGUAGAAGUGCUCUUACUGACUUGAGACAUGAAGUUGCUAGUUGGGUUAAAUAAGUAUUAUGCAACAUAUUUUUGAAUAGGAUUGGUUUUAUUAACUUUCUUUUAAACCAGAAGUGUGUACUUCAUAAAUAUUAAGACUUUUUCCCCCCUAUUUCACUUGGGUCCAUUGUAUUGGUACUUCUACUAAACUGUCCUAGUUCUCAAAUAAAAUAAAGUAAGAAGUA